AAAUAGUUUUUACAAAAUGUCAAGUCGCAAUGUCAAAAUUGUAAAAAUUUCAAAUUCAACUCUUGUGCAGAUAUAGGGAAUUCUUUUAAGAGGAGACACGACACAAUUUCCGGUUUGGUGUAUACGUUUAUGGCCGACGGCUGCCGGCUCCCCAAAGUGAUUGUGGUCCUCUUCCUCGCAUUGUUGGCCCGCAUUAGCAGUGCCACGCAGCGAUACGACGACUUGUUGGAUCGAGUCAGACUAAGCACAGGUAAUGACCCGGAAGUGCGUGACUUCCUGAAAAGUGUCCUCAAACACCAUCGGGACUUCAGGUGGAUCACCCACGCAUCAUACAAGUAUGACCAAGGAGAUGAUAACCUCCUUUCACUUGGUGGGAGCUCAAAAAACAAACGAUCGUUUUAUGCAACCAGUGAUGAUUCCCAUUCCCAAAACAAACCGAUGACGAGAUAUGUCUAUAGACAUGAACCCACUUUUGAUGACUUUGAUGAUAACGAUGAUGAGAGUGACAAUGAUGGUGACCUACAAUCCUUUGCUUCCAAUUCCGGUAUCCAACCAAAAUCUACGUCUAAACUAACUGAUGAAGAUUUAGAUUUUGAUGGGCCUGUGAAUGAUGUCUAUCCAUAUCAGGAUCAUGACCUAGGUGUACCACAAGAUAAACGUUUUGUUCGUGAGACCCAGGAUGCUUUUUGUAUGAUGAUCAUCAUUUGGAUGAUGAUGACCUGCUUGUGGGAUCUCCAGAGACUAGUUAUGAAAAUGAUGAAGAGUUUGCUUCUGAGGAUAGACAUGACAGGUCGAAGAGAGCUGCUAGUACCGAAGCACUCUUGGAUGAAAAGAUGUUAUUACACAGGGUGUUACAGAAACCUGUAAAUGUUAAUACAAUGAAUUCUGAAGUGUAUCCAAAGCGAUUUAAUGGUAAUGAAGUAAUGGAUCUUCAUCCUUUGGCUUAUCAUAUGCCUGGGGAUGCUAUUGAGGUGUUUCCGAGUAGUCAGAAAGGUGUUUUUUAUGCACCAGGUACCAAAUUGGAAAGAUAUGGGGAUUUUGUUAAGUCAGAACAGGAUUUAUACAAUGAAGAAGACUUAGAAGAUAGAAUAAAUCAUAAACAGAAACUUGCAAAGCGUAAAUGUGCUGAUUCUUUAGCUGAAACUGAUUUUAAGGUUCCAGAAUUGUUUGGGUCGAACAAAAGUCAUCCUUCUAGUAUUGACCAACCACUUUCUGAGUUUUACUAUUCUAUCCCACAUGAUGUAAUUGGAUUAAAUCAAGAUUUACUAGGAGAAAAUCGUGAUGUUAAUAAUGUUUCAUGUAAAAAAUUCAGAAGAAGUUUGGAAGUUGCUCAUUGGGAUGAUAAUAAUCAUUUAUUAACUCGUAAGAAAAAGAAAGCCAUCAAGAUUAAAAUAUUUGAUGAUGGCGAAUUGAUUAAAAACAUCGAGAAGAACAAAGAUGAUAAUUCUGUGGUGUUAACAAUCAAAAACAACGAAGAAACCAAAGAAAAAUUAGUUAAAUCUAAUAAUAAUGAUAAUAAUAAUGAAUCAAAGUUAACUGAUAGGAAAGCAAGUGAUAAUGAUCAAAAAGUUAUGGGUGAUGAUGAUAAUACUUUAGAAAAAAUCGAUACUAUUAUAAAACAUGAUCAAGAGUCUUUGAAACAAUUUACUCAACGACCUCUGAAUCAACAUCAAAAUCAACGUCAAAAUCAAAAUAAACAUUCAAAACAUGUUUCUAAAGAUGAUGCUAAUAAUUCAAGUAAUCGUAAUGGAGAAGUCUCAAAUAGACGUGAAGAUAACGUUGAAGAUGACCAGAAUCAUCCUCGGAAAGUGUCUGCCCAUCGAUUAUCCCAUGCUAAAAAGUACAACAGAGUCAAUGAAAUGGGUACAACUGUUGUUCCUUAUGUAAGCCCAACUGAAUCAAAUGAAUAUCCAGGUGUUUUGGAACCCAGAUUAGAAAAUUCUUACAAACCACAGUAUUUACACCAUCAUCACGUGAAUGAAUAUCAAAAUAAACUUGAAGAUCAAACAGAACCUACUUCUGCAGCUGAACAAAGAGAAUUGGGUAAGAAUUUCAAUGAUUUCCGGACGGAACCGAUGAGUAUAAAAACCACAAGUGAAAAAGUUAUCAUUAUACCAUUUAAAAAGUCCAUUAAUCAUGAAAGUCAAGUGAUAUUAAUUGAUCCUGUGGUAAAAGAAGAACAAAAUGGUGAUGAUAAGUUAGGUUAUGGUCUACGCAUGAAAGAAUCUGAUGUUUUGUAUGAUGUAGAAAUAGAUAAUGAAAACCCAAAUAAAAAAUUAUUAAGAAACACGUUGGAUGAAGAAAAAUUCAUGGAAUCUUUAAAUGAAGAAGAUAAAAGUAAAUCACCCAGGAGUGAUGUCCAAGGACAAAGUAUCAAUCAUCAGGAUCAACCUAAAGCAGAUGCAUUUAGAUCAAGAAAAUUAUUUGCUAUUGACAUUCCACAAUAUGAAUAUGUUGAUGAAAGUGAAAAUGAAGAUUUACGUGAUAAGAAAGACGUCAGGGAAGUUUUAGGAAUGCGUAAAGAUGAAGAUUACUCUGAGGAUAAAAUCGAUGUGUUUGGGGAUAAUGAUAAACCAAAGAAAAAGAAGAAAACUAGGAAUAAAUUAGUAGAUACUAAAAGAGAAAAUGAAAGAAAGAUUAGACAACGUCUACUUGGAAGUCUCAUCAACUCCCAACAGGAAAGAAGAGCUUUGAAGGUGAAAUUAGCAAAAACUAAGAGUAACAAAGUGAAGAAGGAUGUUAACAAUGUCAGGGAAGAAGAUUUAGCUUCUCAUGAUGACAACUAUCAACAUUUAAUUAUAAAAAAUCAUGAGGAAGAUCAAUUGGCGGAUUCUGCUGAUGAAGAAGAAGAUAAAACAAAGCAGAACAAUAAUAAUAAUAAUAAUAAUAAUAAUCAAAAACAACAUUUGGUAACCACAAUUAAAGAUAAUGUAAACCUCGACAGAUGUUGUGAGAAUAAAAAUAACAACAAAGUAGAAACAACUUGUUCCAGUGAUACUUCAGAUUCCCUACCACCUGAACCACCUCCACAACCUGAAGAACAAAUAGAAACAGGAGAAACAGGCGGAAAUGAGUUGGAUAUCAUUGAAAAAACGCAAGCUAUUUUGUUGCACAUAACAGGACCGCCAUGUUCUCAUCAAUUAACACCAAAACCAAUUGAAGAUGAUAAUAACGACGGUCCGGAUUCAAAAAGAAGCAAAUCUCAAGUGGAUAUAAUAGAUACCGAUUCACCUCUGACUGUCGAACAUCUGAAUUCGUACAAAGUGACAUCUGGUGAGAAGAAUCCGGAGAAUGUUGUUUCGGAAAUCAUUAAACUCGUACAAAACUAUAAAGAAAAAGUCAAUGAAUACAACAAAAACAAUCGAAAAGAGGUUAUUAAAGAUAAUGUAUCAUUAAAACCUGGUAAGGCAUCCACUCACGCACCGGAAAUUGAUCUGAGGAAAGAACUUCAACAUAACCAUGUUUAUGAACACAAAAACAAUAAAAAUAAUGAUUUAACACCGGAAACAACUACACUUGGAUAUACUCAGGAUAUUUCUGAGGGUAAAAAGGUGUUAUCAUCAGAUGAUGAAGACGAUUCAGCGAUUCAUGCGCAUGCAAUCAUGCAUUCAAAGAAAUUACACCCAGUGAAAAGUAACAAAUGUGAUAUUAAGUCAGGAAAUGACCGUGCACAAGAAUUCAUAUUACCUAUGAGUGUUCAAGAAGGUUAUAUCAAACCGGAAGUCGUAGCUGACGGUAAUGCAAUUGACAAUGACAGCUCAAACAAUGCUGAUGCUGAUAAAAACGUUAAAGAAGUUGAUAAUUUCACUAAUGUUGAAGAUUCUGAUGAAAAUAUCAAAACAAAACAGAAAAGAGAUAAUUAUUUGAAACACAAUAAUAAUAAACAAAUAGAAAACCCUUUAAAGUUUACUCCGGAUAACCUAGAAAGUUUUAACGAUGUCAUUGAACGAGAUGAAGGUCAAACAAUGUCAAAACGUGAAGAAACUUUACACAAAGCAAGAAUUGCACAUUAUUUAAACCCAGGAUUGUUAAAUGAAGAUGAAAUUAUGAACCAUCAAGUUUACAAGCGUGAUCUUCAUGAUGAUGACAAAGAUUACACCGAAGAGGAACUAGAUAAAUUGAUUGGAAUGGUUGAUGACAGUUCAACUGAUGUGCAAUCUGAUCAGGAUCUCCUAAAGAGAUAUAGACGAUAUAAAAACUUUGAACCCUUUCUAUACAAUAACAUCCCAAGACAUAGAAAUUCUGAGGAAGCUGGAAUGUCUUCAGAACAUUCUAUUGUCAUUCAAACAACAGUAGCUACUACUAAUUUGCAGUGUGGUGAAGUAGAAUACAAGAAAACAUUGGAAACUGGUGCUGUGGAUCAUAUACAUAAGAAGAAAAACAAGAAAAAGUCACAUGGACAUCGUUGUAACUUUGGUGAUGAUGAAGAGUUUGGAGAUACAUGUACACAACAUUUAGAGACACCGAAAAAGUCAAAAAGUCAAAUAUCUCUGGAAAAUAAACAAAAAGAACAGACUAGAGAGCGAAUUAUGGAAGAUAAAUUAAGCGAGAAACAAAAAGAACAGGAACAUAUCAAGAAUGUCCUGAACGGCCAUCUUGUCCUAGACAUCAUGGAGAAGUUCCACACGAAAGUGAAAGGCAACGACAGGUUAAACAAUCGAUUUGGUCAAGCUAUGGGUAAGAAAUGCGCUGCUGAUGAAGUUGAUCUCAUUGAUAAAUUCAAAGAAGAACAAUCAAAAGCAGACGUACGUCAUGCCCAACUAAUGCUUCAUCAAGUAAUAGUCUUAAUGAAUAAAAUCGUCGCUGAACAAGUCCAUCGUCGUACAUGCCUUGUCCUUUCUCCUACACUGAAAAAUUAUCUAAAACGCACCGCUGGUAACCGUGAAAGACUGUCAAAGUCAAACGUAGUAGCUGAAGGCUACCCUCUACCGCCAGUGAAAGGAACCAAAGGAAGUGCUAAUAAAGAUCUCCUAAUGGACGAAUCUCAGGGUGACUUUUUGUUCCCGCAGGGAGGUGAUGAAGACCAACCUCUAUCCGCCAUGGAUGCAGCUAUACUCAUGAAGAAAAAGAUCAACAUGAUCAGAGCCCUAUUGGCUAAAUACAAUCAUAUGAGUCAUAGUUGUCAAGUGAAAGUACAACCUGUGCAUGAUUAUCUCAUUCAACACUUGAAAGCUUUAGAAAAAAUGUCUCAGAAUAAAAAGUUCGGGGAUGUGCCUGAUGCUUGUGAGGUACCAUGUGUACAUAACCAAGAAGCAGGACCAGGAAGAGGAGCAGGUGGAAAAGAAAGUGGAAGAUCACCAGAACCGGAAUUUAAUGGUGGAAGUACUACAAUAAUAUUCUCUACAGGAGAAGAGGUUAGUUCUCAAUCAUCUGGAAUGAGUAGUCUUGCCCCUGGUGGUGAGGCAACCAGUCUUACAAUUUCUCCAGGUGGAGAUAUAAAUCAAUCAAAAGCAAAAGCCAGAGAUGCCACUUUAAAGCCACCGCAUUACAAAGCAAACAAUCAAAAGCGUAUUUUUCGUCAUUAUGAUGAUGGUGAUAGCGACACUGAUAACGAUAGUGAUCAAAGCGCUUAUCCCUCGGAGAAAUACAGGAAACUAGUUGAAGCUGCGGCUAAUUAUCGCCGGAAAAGACAAAUUGAGGAACGUUUAGCACGACUUUUUGGUAAAACACGCACGAAGAAAGCCGAACCUGCCACAACAAGUAAAAACGAUGAGAAUGUGGAGCCAGACUUAAGUAACGCUGCUUUUGAAGCGCCUGUUGUUUACUCAUUGCAUUGAUCAUCCGGAAAACCGGAUAAUAGUAUUUACACUUUUAUUAUUCAUCGAUUUGUGAUGUGUUUUUACUGUUUUUACACGUGUAAUCUUACAAAGUUUGUGAAAAAUGUGAAAAAUAUCUUGUAUCAAUAAAAUUUUCUAUUUGAGGUUAAAA